AUGUCAAACGAAAAAAUGCCAAUCGAGACUGUACAAGCAGAUGAACAUCGAUUUGCCAUUAUUCUUGGAGCAGGUGCUGCAGGAAUUAUUCAAGGUUGUACAUUCAUACGUGAAAAAACGCUUCCUCUUGAAGAAUUUCAGAUAUUAGAAAGACAAAGUGCGUUUGGGGGAGUCUGGUGGAAGAACACUUAUCCCGGAGCUGCGUGUGAUAUUCCAAGUCACGAGUAUCAAAUAAGUUUUGCUCUUAAUCCUUACUGGAGUAGAACUUUUGCACCCCAGCCCGAGAUCCAAAAAUACUUUGAGGACGUAGCAUUACAAUAUGAAUUACAUAAGUCCACAACUUUCAACACAGAGAUUGUAGAGGCCAAGUGGGAUGAUUCGCGUUUGUUGUGGCUUGUCGAGACUACCGAUCUUACCACGGGAGAUACAAAACUCUGGAGCUGCCAUGUACUUAUCGGCGCUUUAGGAGCAUUUACAGUGCCCAAGAAGGCACCUGUGAAAAAUGUCGAUGCUUUCAAAGGGGAGGAGUGGCAUAGUGUGGACUGGCCAAAAAAUGCCAAUCUCAAGGGAAAGACCGUUGCUGUAAUUGGAACAGGACCAUCUGCCUGUCAAUUUAUUCCAAACAUUUACCCUGAGGUAAAGUCUUUGAUAGUUUAUCAAAGAAGUCCGGGACAUGUCUUGCCUCGUAACGAUGUUGUUGUCGGGUCGUUAACAAAAUGGAUGUUUGCUCACAUACCAUUUCUGAUGCGGUUUAAUCGGUGGUUCUGGAUGAAAAAGGAUGAAAUAUUACGUCCGCGUCUAUUUACUGUAGGAUCAUGGCUCCAAAGAAUAGUCAUCUCGAUGACGAGGAACCACCUAUACAAACAGAUAAAGGAUGACACUUUAAGACGGAAACUUGAGUCUAAAGAUGUUUUUGGAUGCAAACGUCCAUUGAUGCUCAGUGACUAUUAUCCGAUAUUUAACAACGAUAACGUAGAGCUUGUGACUGACAGUGUGACUGAACUCACCGAGAAUGGCAUUAAAUCAAGGAAUACUGAUACAGGCGAGGAGAUGGAACGAGAAACUGAUGUAUUGAUUUGGGGUACUGGUUACAAUCCCGUCGAUUUUGGACUUCCUGUCCCAACAAAAGGACGAUCAGGACAACUACUAUGCGACAAAUACCAACCAGAACUGUUUUCCUUAUAUGGCGUCGCCGUUGAUGAUUUUCCAAAUUACUUCAACUUUCUUGGUCCGAAUAGCUCAUCUUUCGAAACCAGCGUCAUGGAGCUUUUUGAACUUCAAGCGCAUCACAAUUCUAUCGCAACAAAAUAUCUCUUUCAGAAGAAUGUUGGCACUUUCCGUUAUGCUAUUAUGCCAAAGGAAGAACGCGUAAGAUCUUGGACAUUAUCAUUGAGACCAGGGCAAGCAAAAUUGCCUCCUGCGAAUCCAAAUUGCAAAAGUUAUUAUAGGUCAAAAAUAGGACACGUCUAUCGAUAUCCAUACCCAUAUUGGCAGUACAAGGCGUUAAUUGCCAAGCUUGACUUCAAGCGUGAUUGGGUACUUCUUCAGCAGAGGAUAGGACAGAAAGAGGUCAAAGUUCUAGAAUUUUAA